GCGCACACCGUCACUUCCUGCGCAGCUUCGGGCUCUUUUAGGUCUGUCUGUCUGUCUGUGUUGAUAGCGGCUUCAGCUUCCACACGUGUAGUCCUUCCUAUGUGAAUCUCUCUCUCUCUUAGGCUCGUUCAUUAGCUCGUCCCGCUCCGUCAGAAAAGGUGUUAAGCCAUAGAAACCGACAACCAUGGGGGCUUAUCUGUCGCAACCUAACACAACCAAGACCUCUUCCGAUGGCGGCAACAGCAGGAUGAGCUGGUUCUCUGCCAUGCAGGGCUGGCGCGUCUCCAUGGAGGAUGCUCACAACUGUAUCCCAGACUUUGAUGAGGAUACAGCCAUGUUUGCCGUGUAUGAUGGACAUGGAGGCGAGGAGGUGGCUCUGUACUGUUCAAAGUACCUUCCCAUCAUCAUCAAGGAGCAGAAGACCUACAAAGACGGCAAACUGCAAAAGGCCCUAGAGGAUGCUUUCUUGGCCAUCGACAGCAGAAUGACCACAGAGGACGUCAUCAAGGAGCUGGUCCAGAUUGCUGGACGGCCAAUUGAAGAACCACCGGUUGAGAAAGUGGCAGAGGAGGAUGAUUUGGAGACGGAGGAGGCAGCUCUUCUCCAUGAGGAAGCCACCAUGACCAUAGAAGAGCUGCUGGUUCGCUACGGACAGAACCUGCAUGCUGUCAAGCACGCUGCUGCCAUCAGUGCUGCUGCUAAGAAAGCCUCCUCCUCAGGAGCAGAGGGCUCAGGAGACACUGAUGAAGGUGGGAAAGUUCAGAAGAAGGAGGUGCUAAAUGGAGAGGUUGAGGAGGAGAGCAAUGGAAAGGGGAAGGAAGCCGGAGGAGCAGCAGCAGCAGCAUGCGGGUCUAAGCUGAGGGCCUGUCGGAGAGCAGCAGGAGCAGCUGCCUGUGGAGGGUCAGGAAGCCCAAAUGGAGAAGAAAAAGCGGGUAAGGCUGAAGGAGACGCAGGUCCCUCUUGCUCCUCUUUGUCGUCAAAGACCGCAGGGGACUCAAAGUCCAGGUUCUUCGAUGACAGCGAGGAGUCUGAGGGAGAAGAGGAGGGCAGUGACGAAGAAGACGGCAGUGAAGAGGAGGAAGGUGACAGCAGUGAGCUGGAGGAGGAGGAGGAUACAGGAGAGGAAGACUCUGAAGAUGAAGAGGAGGAGGAGGAGGAGGAAAUGUGUCUACCUGGAAUGGAUGGCAAAGAGGAGCCCGGCUCAGACAGCGGCACCACAGCUGUGGUGGCUCUCAUCCGAGGAAAACAGCUGAUCGUGGCCAAUGCUGGAGACUCUCGCUGCGUGGUGUCUGAGCGAGGCAAAGCUGUGGACAUGUCAUACGACCACAAACCAGAGGAUGAGGUGGAACUUGCUCGCAUCAAAAAUGCUGGAGGGAAGGUAACCAUGGACGGACGGGUCAACGGUGGACUGAAUCUCUCCAGAGCUAUCGGUGACCACUUUUAUAAGAGGAACAAGGUUCUACCUCCAGAGGAGCAGAUGAUCUCUUCGAUGCCAGAUGUCAAAGUUUUAACACUUAACGAGGACCACGACUUCAUGGUCAUCGCCUGCGACGGCAUCUGGAAUGUGUUAAGCAGUCAGGAGGUGGUGGACUUCAUCAGCGAGAGGAUCAAACCAGACCAGACUGGCAAUGUCCGAGCCCUCUCAUCAAUUGUGGAAGAGCUGCUGGAGCACUGUUUGGCUCCUGACACAUCUGGAGACGGGACAGGAUGUGACAACAUGACCUGUGUCAUCAUCACCCUCCGGCCGCACCCCGCUCAGUCUGACGACAAAAAGAAGAGGAAGCAACCGGAGGAGGCAGAUGGGAAGGAGCUGGGGGAGAAUGGAAAUGACUGCAAAAAGGCUAAAAGUGACUAAAUGCAAAGAGAAACUGUCCGUGAGAGAGCAGCUGGUUCCUGGCUACCAAUGAUACACCAGAGACACAUUCUUCUCAAUUAAAUCCUGGCCUCACAAAAAAACAAACAUCUGACUCUAAAACAUAAAAGGCAAAAUGCUAUGAGUUCUAGCUCUUAAGUUUGGUGGAAGUAAGACCAUCAGAGUAGUUAUUGCCCUUUCAUUCAUGAUGGAUUCAUACUUCAAGCUCCCCCAGUAGUUCCUUUAGUUUGCUCUUGCUGGAAAGAAACUGGACAUGCUGUACUUCUUAAAUUCAGAAGAGGCAGACUCACUGACAUGCUGAAUGGCAUCGAAUAUUCGAUGUGUAUGAAGGAAGAUGCUGGACAAACCAUUCUGCAGACAUGUGUAUAUCUAAACAUUUUAGAGACUUCCCCCACCACCACGUAUGCUGCAAUCUGUUAAUGUUACAUUUCCACAUGACAGUUUUAACCCCCCCCCCCCCCCCCCUCGUUGAGGUUUGACAAUGGCCACCAUGACCUGCAUGAUAUUGGCAGAAUUGCUCAAUUACAUGCAGGUUUAUUUUUGUUCUGGAACAUGCCUAAGUCUUCGUGUAGGUCCCUCAUCGCAGAGCUUUUUUUUGUGUCCCAUCAAAGUGCCGUAAAGUCCACAAAUUAGUUUUGAAGUCCCUUUUUCACGUCCUCCCAAAAUGUCUGCAUACAAAUUGACAAUGCGUAAAUAUAAAAACAAACGAUGGAUUUAGACACUACUGGUGUCCUUUGAAGCCCAAACUGAAAUCUAACAUGGAGUGAGAAUUGACUGUUAAUCCAGCUAACAGAAUGUUGAAUGUUUUGGUAACCUGUUUUAGGUUUCUCUCAGACCUCCCACCCUGAGUUUCUUUCACAGUUAAGACUUUCAGAACAACGUAAGGAUUCUGGUUACUUGUCCAGUUCUUGAUUCCUAUUUCUCCCCUUUUGACACCCGUUCACAAGUGAGGAUACUUUUCAGCCUCUGGUUAUCCAAGCUUUUCAUUUCUGCUUUGUCUUGUCUUGAUAAAAAAAAAAAAAAUCUGUAAAUUUCCAAACAGAAAAGAAGUGGGGUUUUUGAGCUUUCUCACUGAGUUGGAAACAUGACAGCAUGGAAACAUGUAGUAAGAGGUGGUGUUGAAGUCCUGGACUAACUCUACAAGUACAGCUCGAGUCCAGGACUUAAAGACGUCCUCCACCCUAUUCACACUUCUAGUUUUCCCCCUAUUUUUCAUUGUAACACUUUUUUAUUUUAUUUUUAUUUUUGCACAGUAAAAAAUACACCAAUAAUAAAUAAAAUAUACAGUGAAGGAAGAGGCAGAAAGCUCAGAGCUCAUCUGAAGCCUCCUCCUAAACGUUAAAGAAUCACACAAAGGAAGAAACACAUAACUAACAAGAAAUUACCUGUAGGUCAUGGGUUUUUAGUCACGACUAUUUCCACUCAAUAGUUUAUUUUUCCAUGUUGGCUGAGUACGUUUUCUUGCAGUUUUUAUAGAAAUCCUUUUUGAGAGCACACUCUGAUAACACCUUGAUGUUGGAGUGUGGACGGGGAGCCGAUGUUAUUUUUGGAGUGGAAAUACAAUCUAAAGAUCAGAGCACCGAAACAGUGUAACUUUGUAGAGGGUUUCUUUUCCUUUAUUUACAGAAGCCUCGUUUAAACUACAUUGUGUGACUGUAAGUUUGUUUCUAUUGUACUAUUUCGUCACCAUGCCCUUUUUUCUGUAAAUAGUUUUUCAAUACUUGUAAUUUGAACAAAAAUAAUCUUUUUUUUUUCUUUGUAUUUGUGAGUCAGUGUGACAUUUGGGGUGCAUACUCUUGACACCAGUAUGUAAGUACGUACAAAUACAUUUUUUUAAAUAAUGAGA